AUGGCCGUCUCUCGUAAUGGCAGGGCUACUGCAUCGCACGUCAACAUGAUGACGGAUACAAUAAUAGCCAACCUUCCACCCGAUGGCCUACGUAUUGUACUUCGAAGCAUUCUCGCCUGCCACCCCGAAGCCACCGGCACCUUGGAACGAGAAACCAAAAGCUUUGCCCAGCAAAGCGCGGCCGCACAAUUGAAGCUAGAUCAACCACUGACCGAUCUCAACAGUCUUCGGGCCGUCCAGGGACUUGUUCGCUGCAUGCUAGGGUCGGGGCUUUGCUUCCAAAGUCUUCCUCUACUGAGCAAGAUUAUUUCUCACGCAACAGAAGGACAGCGGCAGCCACUGGAUGUCGAUGGAGAUGAGAUUCUAGACUUUUACGCAUUAGUUGACCAUGAUAUCGUCCAGGCAAUGACGGCUGUACAGAAAAGCUUGUGUGUUGCAACAGGCACUCGGGCCUUGGCCGAUGAUGAAAGAAUCUUCCUACAACGCUUUGAACGAGGCCUAGCAGAAUGCGCCAUUGCUGCGAAGAGAAGGGGAACAAGCCAUCCUUUUCUCCGAGGCGCGCGUGCAACAGCAGGGCUGCUAGGUGGUCCUGAAUUACCAGGCGAGGAAACUCAGGAGAUACCCCUAAACAGCAUGGGCCCAGUUCAAGCACCCCCUAGAGCCAAAGAGACUUUUCUUCUAGGCCGUCGGACGAUUCCGAGAAUCUUUUCAGGCCUCUGGCAAAUGUCAAGUCCUGCCUGGGGAACUGCUCCGACAUCAAAGAUUGUGGACCAGAUAUCCAGGCACGUGCAGAGUGGUUUUACUGCCUUUGAUAUGGCUGACCAUUAUGGUGACGCUGAAGUCAUAUUCGGUCAUUUCUGGUCCGCCUGGCCCCAUAAAGAUGCUAUUUUCACGGCCACCAAGUAUUGCGUCUUCCACGCCAUGACAUCUGUGACUCGCGAGGACAUUGAAGCUGCGGUUGCGGAAAGGUGCAAGAGACUACAACAGGACUCGGUAGACCUUCUCCAGUUCCACUGGCAAUAUUACCAAAACCCACAAUAUCUCGAUGCCUUGCGUUUCCUGGCAGAGGACGGCCGCGUCAGGAUGAUUGGUCUUUGCAACUUCGAUACAAAGCAUCUCCAGGCUGUUGUAAAUCACGGUAUUGGGGUGGUAGCUAACCAGGUUCAGUUCUCACUUAUUGAUUCUCGACCAACGGUGAAAAUGGGAACGGUGUGCUUGAAGCAUAAUAUAAAACUACUGACCUAUGGCACACUAUGUGGAGGCUUUCUCGCAGAAAAGUGGUUAGACAAGCCAGAACCCGACCUUUACGACCCUCUCGUUACUCCUAGUCAACGAAAGUAUUACGGCGCGAUCCAAACCUGGGGCGGCUGGGACCUCUUUCAGAACCUGUUGAGAACUCUUAAGAGUAUCGCAGUUAAGCACAAUGUCGAGAUUUCGAAUGUGGCAACACGAUGGGUCUUGGACUUUCCAUAUGUUGGGGCUGUUAUUGUCGGUGCGCGCAUGGGCAUCAGCGAGCAUACUGAUUCUAAUCUGGCAAGCUUCGGGUGGUCUCUUGAUCAAGAAGACCAAGAUAAGAUCGAGAAAUUAUUAUCACAGAGCAAGAGGAUGGAGAUGUUUGAGGUAAUGGGAGAUUGCGGAGGAGAGUAUCGCAACUAA